AUGGCUUCUGCAGAUUAUCGACCAGAUUUUGGUGACACGACGUUUACCAAAGUGUUUGUUGGGGGACUAGCUUGGGAGACCCUGACCGACGAAAUGCGUAGGUAUUUUGAGCAGUUUGGAGAGAUUCUUGAAACUGUUAUCAUCACUGAUAAAAACACUGGAAAAUCUAAAGGAUAUGGCUUUGUUACUUUCCGUGAUCCUGAGUCAGCUCGGAGGGCAUGUGUUGAACCAAACCCUGUGAUUGGUAGAAGAAGAGCAAACUGUAACAUUGCUUCACUUGGAAGGUCUAGACCUUCACCGUCACGAGGAAGAAAUCAAGGUAGCAGUCCUUUUCAGGGAGCUGCACAGCUAGGUGCACCGUCCUAUAGUGGAGUUACAGCAGCAGUGCCUCCACAACCGCUUCCUCAGCUACCACCUGUCAUGUAUCCACCUUAUGGGUACCCAACUUACAGUCCUGAAUACGGGUAUCACCAAAGUCUCUACAAUCCACAAAUUCAGCAGGCACAAUACCAUCACCAACUGUAUGGAUCAUCAUCUUUCACAAUGGGGUCACCAUAUUAUUUUGGCUACUCUAUGCAAGCUCCCAGGGGAACAUUUUCUGCAUCCCAGGCUCAACGUAUCCCCGGACCGUCCUAUCUUUUCUAUCCUACACAAAUGGAGGGGUCCUUCUCCAACUAUCCUCCCCCACCCUUCCAUCUCACUAGGCAUCCCUUUCACUCUUCUGCAGAUUCUCAGACUUCUCAGCCUCCCUCCACAGACACAGAAGCUGGGGCCAUCACUUCUGAAAGUCCAAAAACCUGAAAGGGAAGGAGAACUCAUCAUCCCUGCCAAAAUGAUCAAACUAUACAAUCUUGACAAGUUUUUAUGUUCUUCUUAUCACCUUAUUUAACUCUCAUAUCCUCAAUGAUUUAGCCAUAGGUGAGUACUACUGCAUCAACUUACUGCUGUGGCCUAUGGCUGGAAUGAGGAGGACUAAUCAACCGCCUUAUGCUGAUCUUUUUCGCCUUAUUCUAUUUUUCUCUCAAGUGGUUCAUUCAUCAAGAGUUUUAGCAUCCUUUACAGAACUACACUGUAUGAACUUUGAACCAAAAAAAGGGAAGCACAUUCCCUUAA